GGGCUGGUCAGGUGCCGGUAGGAGCGGGAUGGCUGAGGAGCGGCGCGGGGCCCACCAGCGAGGCUCCGGGGCUCAGCCGCUCUGGAGGACAUGGCGCCUCGGGACCGUGCGGUAGCGGCGCCCCCGUCCGCCAUGAGAAAACGCGGAGCCCGGAAACGACUCAAGUUCCGGGCUGACGACGUCUGUUCGGAGCGCGUGACGGUGGCCGACUAUGCCAACUCGGAUCCCGCCGUGGUGAAAUCGGGGCGCAUGAAGAAAGCCGUGGCCAACGCGGUGCAGCAGGAAGUGAAAUCACUUUGUGGUUUGGAGGCCUCUUUUGUACCUACUGAUGAAGUACUAUCAACAACAGAAUCCUGUGCCAGUAGUGACGAAAUGGAUUCUAAGGACGUCACUAGUGAUAGAAUAUUAUCUAGGAAAAAGAAAAGUAAGAGACAUAAAGAAAGUACUGAUGGAGCAGUAGGCAAGGAAUAUCCCAUUGAUAUUUGGUUGAUGCUGGCAUCCUACAUACGUCCAGAAGAUAUUGUGAAUUUUUCUCUUAUUUGUAAAAGAGCCUGGACUGUCACUUGCACUGCUGCCUUUUGGACCAGACUUUACAGGAGGCACUACAACAGGACUGCACCCCUCCCAAUCCGUUUACAGCCAGAGUCAAUGGAAAAGAUGUAUUGUCUUCGAGCAUGUGUAAUUCGAUCUUUAUACCAUAUGUAUAGACCUUUUGCUUCUCGAGUAGCCAGAAAUCCAGCUAUCCCAGAGACUACUCCCAGCACUCUAAAAAAUUCAAAAUGUCUGCUUUUCUGGUCUAAAAGGGUUGACAAACCAUCUUCACUGUGGGAAUUCAGCUUCAAAUUCCAAAGGCAGUCUCCCAAGUUCAAGAAUAGCCAUUUGAAACUUCAACCUCCUGUCCGGUAUGAAGAUGUCCAUUUGAAUCCUGACCAGGACUGCUGCCUGCUGCAGAUAACUACCUUUGACUUUAUAUAUAUACCCAUAGUCAUGGGCAUGACAGUUAAUUUGUUCACAAUAAAUGUAAGUACUGAUAUGAGGCAUCACAGAGUGAAGAUGGUAUUCCAUGAUUCUCCGGUGUGGAAUGGCAAGAAACCUCGAUUUGACCACGGAGUGCAGCUUAUCAUGGACCCUGUGCACAGUGUGCGCUUUUUUGACUGGUGGCACCCACAGUUCCCACCUUCACACAUCUGAAGAUACACAAGUAGUUGCUUGAUAUGAACUGAAAUCUCUAGGAAGCCUGAUUUUCAUUUUAGUUGUAGAUUGUAUUCUAUA